AUGGCGUCUCCCUCUGAUGCUCACUCCGCCGCAAGCGGCGGCGGCGGCGUGACUGCUGCCAAAACCGAUCUGGAGGAUUUCUUUGAUCAGUUAGAUCUUAAUGAGGAAGAGUUCGAGGAUGUGGUAAUCGACGAGGAUGAUCCAGAGCUCCAAGAAAGUGCUAGGUGGCUAGCCCUUGCUAGGGUUCACACCGAGAAAACCUUCAGCCAAGGCGCCUUCUACAAGGAUAUGAGAGCUGCGUGGAACCCGACGCAGAGUGUACGAUUCCGGCCUGUUGACCCCAAUCGGUUCGUAGUUCAGGCAUCAUGCUUGGGCGAUUGGGAGCGUAUGAUGAUGCAUGGACCUUGGUUGUUCCGCAACUGGGCGGUGUUACUAUGCCCAUAUGAUGGCUUCAGUAGAACUGAGGAUGUAAGUAUUAUUCACAUGCCUAUAUGGCUGCAAAUCCACAAGUUACCAGAUGUCUAUUGCAAGAAGAACAUUGUGGAAAAGCUGCUGAAAAGUGCAGGUGAAUUAAUGGAGAUGCGUUUGAAUGGAAACACCAGAGUUGAUUAUGUAAGGGUGAGGGUGAAACAUGACACCCGAGAGCCUCUGACGAAAUUUGUGAGCAUUGUCCAUGGUAAAGAACGACAGGUUUAUCUUGUUCGCUAUGAAAAAUUGGCGAGGUUUUGCAAGGUUGUGGUCUGGUAG